AUGCCUUCCGACGAGUUGGUUCGCUCGGAGCCAUCCGUCGAUUCUGAAGUCCGUGAGGAGAGGAUUCUGGCCAGGCGUCUCAGGAUUGAAAAUCGAAGAGAAAAAACUUUGCGUUUAUCAAUUAGAGAUCAGGCUGAUGAAAUAGUAGUUGAAAAAUUAAAGGAUGAAACUCAGAAGCCAAAACAAAUGACGACUGGCUUUAAAAAUCCAACAAAAUUGAAAAAUGAAAGUUUGGAUGUGGUUUCAAACAUUAAAACUGCUGCAGAUUCGAAAGAAAUUAAAAGAAGAAUCAAAGUCAUUGAAGAAAAUAAUUCAAGGAAAGAAAAAGUAAAAAAUGAAAAAGAAAUUUCUUUUGACAAACAUGAAGAGAUGUUGUUGCUACAGAAGGAAGCUUGUGAUGCUAUGUUGGAAGAAAAAACCAAACUGAUCAAUGAAUUUAAAGAGGAAUUGAAAGACAAAGACAAGCAGUACGUUGAAGAGUUGAAAAAUCAGGCAGCAGAUGUUGACAUGCUGAUGAGUAGGAUGACUGAGCAAAUCAACAUCCUCUCCAAGGCGUACAAAACUGAACUGAAACAUAUUGAGGCAGCAUUUAUCCGGGAAAGGAUGCAGUUACUGUCCGACAUGGAUGAGGAAUGGGAGAACCUGCUUAAAGAGAGGAAACAAAAGGAAGAAGAUUUCUCGAAGAAUCGAGAUAAUCAGGCUGAAGUAUUUGAAUCGAUGUUAAAUGCUCAGAGAGUGCAGGAUUCCGAAGAAUACAAUCAAAUUAAGAUCAAACUCGAGAAGGACAUUCAAAUGAUGCAGCAGGAACUGCAAGAGAUGCAAGCCACCUACCAGUUGAAUCAAGAUAAGCUGGAAUAUAAUUUUCAAGUUUUAAGGAAGAGGGAUGAAGAAAAUAUUAUAACUAAAAGCAUUCAGAAGAAAAAGAUUACCCGCUUGCAUGACAUUUACAUGUUCCAUUCCAAGAAAAAUAAGAAGCAGGAAGAACAGUUUGUUUAUGAGAACCAGCAACUAACACUGGAUUACGAUUUACUCGUUGAGAAGUACAAAAACUUCCUCAAUAAAGCAAAGUUAACUAUCGAUAGUAACAAAGGAAAGUUCGGGAAAUUGUGGUUAAUGAAUGAAGAGGAAUGUAAGAAGUAUGCAUCGAGGAUUCUAAAGAUAGACGAGAUACUACAUGAGCAACAGCUAGGAAUCAAGUGGACGCUUCCUGAUAUGUUUGUCUUCAUAAGCUUCAUGAAAAACGUUGGUCCCAUAUCUGUAUCCAAAUCAAACUCUGACCCCGAUGCUACUCGCGACGACUUGUCUUUGAGAAAAGCAAAUUUGGUCUCUAAAGCAUGUGGAUUCGAUAUUGAAAAUAUUAACUUGGAAUCAUCAAGGAUAGUCCUCUCUGAUAGGCAGGAGGACGGUGAAAUGAUAAAAAAUCUACCUAAAGAGCAGUUUUGUGAAGAUUAUUUCUACGAGCCAUUAAAAGUGGUCGACGGAUGUUUAGACAAAGUUCCAAAGCAUUUGAUCAAGCACAUUUUCAAACUUAUAUGCAAUGAAACAGGUUUCUUGAUAGAGGAGAAAGUGUGGUCUCUUUUGAGUUCACUUGAAGUUAAUGAGCAGACACUUAUGAAGUUGGACUCUGUGUUAAAUGUGAUGCAAAUAGAAAAUGAAGAGGAUGUAAGAGUGUUGUCAUUGUAUUUUUUGAAGAAUGGCACGAAAAACAAAAUAAUUGCUAAGGAGAAAGCGCAAGAUGAAAAGGAAGUGAACUUGUCUGAGUCUUUCGAGUCAAGGAACAAGUUGCACGAAGCUUUCAUAACUCCCUACCCUUCUCAACAUAAUCUUGCUGCAACUAAUAACGAGAAUAAUUUAACCGGCGAUCCCGACGACCCACUCCACACGAUCCUCCCCGAGUACAGCGACAUUCUCAUUCAUCCAAACGACGUACUGCUGGCGCUUAAAGCUUUUGUCGGCGAACAUAACAAAGCAACUUCCAAGAGAGAUACAACAUUCAAGAGCAACUUCCACAAAAAUCUGCAAUUCGAUGAUGUUUUCGACGCUGAAUCUCCAUCCAGCAGUCAGAAUAAAAUUGAAAAUGCAAUAUCACCACUGCCAAAACCCAAAAUCAAUGAUCUGCUUUUAAAACAUGAUCUAAAAAGAUAUUUUGAUGAGACGGAGAUUGCAGUUGAAAAUAGGGAUGAUUCGAUGGAUAAAGACUACUGGCUGAAAUAUGGUAGUUUGGACACUGGUUUUAAAAAGACUUGGGACGCUCUAGCCGUUCACUUCGAAAAUUACUAUCAAUUGCUGGAAGAUAGGGCCAAACUAAUUGAACAGCACAGAGAGCUGGUGAAGCAGAACAUUGAAAUAUUUAUCGAACUGUUGACUCGAUGCGCUUUUGUCUGUUUGCGACUUCCAUUAAAUGAAUAG